CCUCCCUGUGCGUCCGGUGUGCGUCGACCGGCACUGUGACUGACUUCGAUUAAAGGUACGCCACCAUCCGCCUCUGUCCCUUCUCCAUCUAUCUCAUCUGUGGGUCUCUGUUCUUUACUUCUUUGGCCGUCUCUGUCCCGUCUGCAUCUCUGAAGGUUGUUGGCCACGUCUGUGGUUCGCGAGCUGCUGUUGCAGAGUUGCAGUGUCGUUGGUGAAGCUGAAGCUGCGUGGUGGUGUUCUUGUUCUUCUUUAAUUUCACGAAAAUGAGUAGAGAAGCUAGUGUUGGUGGGUCUGGUGAAGCAAGCUCCAAUAGUGGUGCAGCCACUCCAAGCGUAGCUUCCACAACUAGUGGAACUUCAUAUUCCAAAAGAUUGGCAGUGAAUGCUCCUGGAAAUAGAUCUGAUCCAGGUUGGAAACAUGGAAUUGCAGUUGAUGAAAAUCCAAAGAAAGUGCAAUGCAAAUACUGUCAAAAGGUGAUAAAUGGAGGGAUUUAUAGACUCAAGCAUCAUUUGGCAGGAACACAAAAGGAUGUUGGAGCAUGCAAGGCUGUUAGUGAUGAUGUAAGGAAGGAAAUGUGGAAAAUUGUAUCCUCAUUGCAAGAAAAUUUAAUAAAGAGGGCAAAGGAGAUUGAAGGAAGAUCAAGUGAUUCAAGUCCUCUUGGCCAAUAUGAAGAUGAGGAGGUGGAGGGUGCAAAAAGACAAAGGCGAGAAAUUGCAAAGAAUCCUGCUGAUCUAUUCAAGAAAAGGGGUGUGAGUAGUCAAACUACCAUCAAUGGCAUUUUCAAGAAGAAUUUGAGGGAGGAAGCUUGCCAAGGGAUUGCCUCUUUUUUCUACAAUAAUGCUAUACCUUUUCAUGUGGCAAAAAGUGAUGAAUUCAAGAAGAUGCUAGACUUGGUUGCAAGACAUGGUAUUGGCUUUAAGCCUCCAUCCUACCAUGAGAUUAGAGUCAAGUAUUUGAAACAACAAGUUGAUUGCACCAAAGAAGUUAUAGAGCAGCACAAAGCAUUUUGGAAGAAAAUGGGAUGCACAAUUAUGACUGAUGGGUGGACAGAUAAGAGGAGGAGGACUAUAUUAAACUUCUUGGUUAAUAGUCCUAUGGGAACCAUUUUUUUGAAGUCAAUUGAUGCAUCUGAUAUAUCUAAAACAGCUGACAAGAUUUUCAAGUUGAUGGAUGAAAUUGUUGAAGAAGUUGGUGAAGAGAAUGUAGUGCAAAUUGUCACAGACAAUGCAGCAAACUACAAAGCAGCCGGGGAGAUGUUGAUGGGGAAGAGAAAGAGGCUAUAUUGGACGCCUUGUGCAGCUCAUUGCAUCGAUUUAAUGUUGGAGGAUUUUGAAAAAAAGAUACCAAUACAUAAAGAGACAAUUGCACGAGGUAAAAAGAUCACAACUUACAUCUAUUCAAGGACUGCGCUUAUUUCUCUAUUGCAUCAUUUUACCAAAGAAAAGGAUUUGAUUAGACCAGCCACUACCCGUUUUGCCACAUCUUACUUGACUUUGGGUUGCUUGAAUGACAAUAAGGGAGCAUUGAUUAGAAUGUUUACAUCCAAAGAAUGGAAAUCUAGUCAAUUUGCAAAGACUAAAGAUGGAAAGGUUAUUGAAAAUGUGGUAAUGGAUAAGGACUUCUGGAAAAGCAUUAUUACAUGCUUGAGGAGUGCUUAUCCUUUGAUCAAAGUCCUUCGUUUGGUAGACUCAGAUGAGAAGCCUGCCAUGGGGUUCAUUUAUGAGGAAAUGGACAGGGCCAAAGAAAAGAUACAAGCUGCCUUUAAUGGUAUUAAGAAAAGUUACUUGCCUCUAUGGGAAAUUAUAGAUGCAAGAUGGGAUAAUCAACUACAUCGGCCUUUGCAUGCUGCAGGCUAUUACCUUAACCCUCAAUUUCAUUACAGUCCUAAUUUUAAAGCUGACUUUGAAGUGAAAAGAGGAAUAUAUGAUUGUCUACAAAGGAUGGUUGAAAGUAUGGAAGAAGUAAAGAAGAUUGAUGCUCAACUGGAAGACUUCAAAUAUCGAAAGAAAUUCUUUGGUAGUGCAGUAGCCACUUGUGGAAUUGAAACCAAAACUCCAGCACAAUGGUGGGAAUCAUAUGGUUAUGAACAUCCUGAGUUGCAAAAGUUUGCUAUUCGUGUUUUGAGCUUGACAUGCAGCUCAUCUGGCUGUGAGAGGAAUUGGAGUGCAUUUGAGAUGGUAUUGCAUUUCAUUCUUGAAUGAAAUUACCUAGUUGUAUGUGAUUAUAUGAGUAUGUGUUAAUUGAUUUUGUUAUUAUUUAGGUCCACACUAAGAGAAGAAAU